AUUUAAAUUUCUAUCAAAUUAGAUCUCUGCAUAGACAAAACAGAAUUUGCUAGACUUUAGCAAUGCAAGUUUGGUAUUUUACUUUUUAGUGGCCAAGAUUCUUAGUUGUUGAGAAGCUUAUACCAUACAUGCAACAAAAUAUAUUUUCAUAAAUCAAAUGCUUUACAAGUAAGGAAAGGAUGAUACCAAACCAAUUAGAAUUAAAAGACAUCAAAUACUUGGCAAGAUUCUCAAAUAAAACAUACAUCAUCCUGGUCAUAACAUAAAAUUGAAAAUAAAAUAACAAAGCAUAUAGGUUUUAGUCCCUUAAAAUUUCAAUGUCAUUUAGUUAUUGUCACAAUCACUACUAUACUAUUUCACACAAUGGCUGUAUUCAAGAGAAAACUGGUAAUGGGUUCUGGUGCUCACACCAACCCAUUAAUUUGGAUAGCAGCAAUUAUCUGCACAAUCUUUGCAAUAUCAAUGAUCAUUGCUGGCAUUGUAAUUUUCAUUGGUUACAUAGUGAUUCAUCCAAGAGUGCCUAUCAUAAGUGUCACAAAUGCUCAUUUAGAUCUUCUUAAAAAUGAUUAUGCUGGUUUGCUUCAAACACAAUUAACCAUUGUUGUAACAGCAUAUAAUGGUAAUGCAAAAGCUCAUGCAACAUUUUCUGAGAUAACAUUUAGUCUUGGUUUUCAAGGACAAGGUAUAGCAGUGCUUGUUGCUGAUUCAUUUGAUGUUUCAAAGAAUGGUACAAAAGAUCUUAGUUAUGUUGUUCAAUCUUAUUCAAUACCAUUGACACCUUAUCAAAUUGAGGUAGUUGAUGAGUGUUGGAAAAGAAAUGAGAUUGGGUUUGAUUUUAAGGGUGCUGCUAGGACAAGGUGGAAGGUAGGUCCUUUUGGUUCUGUUAAAUACUCUUGUCAUCUUAAUUGUGAACUCAAGUUUCAUCCUUUGAAUGGAAGUUAUGUACCCUCCAAGUGCUCUUCCAAAUCAAGAUGAUUCAUUUUUACAUACACAAUUUUUUUAUCCUAUUUGUUGGUAAAUCAAAGUAUUUCUGCGCUCAAUUCAUGCAACUAAUUUCUCGAGGUAACUGAGACCUAUUUCAAGAAUUGACAUAUGUUAUAUAUAUUUUUCAUAGACACUAGUCAGAGAUCGAAUCACCGAACAAAUAGCUAAGACUCUUUGUUGUUAUAGUAGGUUAUCAAGUAAUGAAAAUGAGUAUUUUUUUAGAAUAUCUUAGGAAACUCGUAACUUUUAUAUUUUAGUUAAUAGUAUAGUAUUCUCUAUAUUUGUAUUAGACAAGUGUAUGUGUAUGUAAUUUACUUUCUUUUGUUGUAAUCCUUUGUUUUUUACUUUAGCAAUUUAAUUUUUGACUGUCUAUAAUCAUCAUUUCACCAAUGAAAGAUGGAAUUCAAAAAUUGAUUAUAA